ACAAAAUUUAAAAGAUGAAAAGGCAAACACAAUUUGCAAAUUUAACAAAAUAUUAUAAAACGGACAUGGGAAUGAAAAAUACAUUUAAGAAUCUAUUUAAUGUUAAUCAGUCAUAAUUUUAUAGUUUUCCUUCUAUUAUAGGACCCCAUUCAAUUUGACUUAGAUUGUGUAAAGUUAUCUCCCCUUGUUAUGAAUUCGCCAUUUCUAAGUGGCCCACAGGAAACACGAUUAUUUUACGAAAAUAACAUGCAUUUUCGUCAUUAUUUGCCAGUUGGUGCUUUAAUUGCUGCCUUUUUGUCAGUUUUAACACAGUAUAAUUCUUCAUAUUAUUCACAAUUGUUGCCAAUCGUGGAAGGGGAAUUUAAGCCAGAAUUUAUCAAUGUUGCCUUAGCAUUGAAGAAGAAUAUGGAGUCAGGGUUAGAACAAGGCUCUGCAUUCGUUGUCUAUUACGAUGGGGAGCCUGUGCUGGAUAUGUGGGCUGGAUAUGCAGACAUCCAGAGUCUGCGCAGAUGGAGGAAUGAUACAACCACCAUGCUGUUUGGCGCUGGACAAGCUAUAACAGCUUUCCUUGUAGCCCUGAUGGUUGACAGGGGCUUACUUAAUUACAGCUUACCCUUACGCUUUUACUGGUCAGGCUGCCAGUCUGAGGAAAGUAGUUCUGUGACUCUGGAGCACUUGCUUUCUCACCAGAUUAGUAUGCCAUAUUUGAAAAACCCAGUCUCACUUAGGGAUUUACAGUCUAACAUGCAUGAAAUCGAAAAAGAUCUGUGCAGAAUGAUUUCACUUAAAGUUAAUGCCAGUCAGCCAGUUUCAUACGAUAUCUGGUCAGCUCUGAUUUUGGAUCGUCUGCUGGAACAGGUUGACCCAAAACAUCGCAGCAUAGAGCAACUUGUACAGGAGGAAAUAUCAGAUCCCUUUGGCAUAGAAAUCGAUAUGGCGUUAGCAAGAGAAAAUUACCACAAGACGGCCCGACUAUACCCACCCACCAUGUUACAGACUGUGUACCAAAUACUGACAUCACCACGGUACAUGAAGACAUUAAUAUCUAGAUGGGUUGAUUCACAGUCAGGUUUAUACAGAAGUUUCCAGUCUUUAAAAGAGCUAACGAUGUCAUAUAACGUGUUUAACGACCCAGAGUUACGGGAGGUACCGUUAUCAUCAUUGACAGCAACAGCAACUGCCAGGGAUCUUGCAAGAUUGUAUAGUAUACUGAGUGUUGGAGGAAAUCACCAUGGAAACCAGGUUCUGAAACAAGAAACUAUCCACAAACUAGAGGUACCGGUUGUUGAACAGACCUGCUCACUAAACGGCUUGCAGGUCAAGUACGGACAGGGCGUUCAGAUUUAUCAAAACCCAUGGGGACAGAGCGUGCUCGGCCAUUCUGGCUAUGGAGGCCAGAUUGUGUUGGCGGACCGUACUAACAGACUUGCCAUGGCUUACGUGACCAGCUAUCUCUCCACCCACGAGUGUGGAGAUGACCAAAGGUUUCUUGAACUGCAGAGGGGUGUCUACGAAUCCCUUCAGAAGUACAUUGAUCACAAACAUUGAUCACCAUGUAUGACUCCCGUCAGAAGUACAUCCAUCACAAACGAGGACCACCAGGGAAAGACGCAUGCAUAAAUGUACUUAAUUGACUACACAAAAUAAAACUAGUGGAUGUGUAAUGCGAGUGGGAAAAAAUGGCAUGUCCGUUGACAACGCAGAUUAACCUGUGUAUUGUCAGAGAUGUCACUUUCCGCUUCUAUGCAAUUUUUCAUAUAAAGAAAGUCUCUCCUAUACAAAAACACAGUCUACAUGUAGGUGGAAAGUGUCGUCCCUGAUAAGCCUGUGUGAAAUGCAUAGGCUAAUUUUUUACAACAAUUUACGCAUAGCAUUAAGUAAUUUUAAGUAUAAUGAAACUCAAUUAUUACUAGCAAUGUUAAAAAAUGACUGCUUUCUAAUCGGAUGAUCAAUCAUUCAUUACAAUAAAAUUAAUAUUGUUAAAAUUUCACAGAACUGAGCAGCUCAGAAUUACAUUUUGUUGUACACUCUGACAGACGGUAAAUGUUUGUUAUUUACGUAAUUAAAAGAUUUGUUAGGUUUGUAUAUUGUAUUGUAUGAAUGUUCAAAGAGGAACUUCCGAACUUGCCCGAGAACUUUGCAAAAUAUACAGUCUUGAUGGCC